CAAGUGUUCCCCCAUGAAAACCAUGUUAGCACAAUUCAUUCUCGCCCUUAACUUGCUCCAGGCAAUUACAAGUCGAGCAUGGUUCCUCUCCGGCCAGGCCCAACCUCAAGUCCCAUGCCUCUUCAUCUUUGGCGACUCGCUCGUCGACAACGGCAACAACAACAACAUCCUCACGCUCGCCAGGGCCAAUUACCGCCCUUACGGCAUCGACUUCACCGAAGGCUCCUCCGGCCGCUUCACCAACGGCCUCACCACCGUCGACGUUUUAGCUCAACUACUUGGCUUCCGGAGCUUCAUUCCGCCCUACGCGGCGGCGCAAAGAUCUGACAUUUCAAAAGGCUUGAACUUCGCUUCCGGCGCUGCUGGCAUCAGAGAUGAAACUGGCAACAAUCUGGGCGACCACUACCCUUUGGCUCAACAAGUGAACCACUUCCGCGAUACGGCGACGAUGAUGACGAGAAUGUUCAGAGGCAACACCACUCGGGCGACAGAGUACCUCGGCAAGUGCAUCUACUACAUGGGCUUGGGAAGCAACGACUACCUCAACAACUAUUUCAUGCCCACCAUGUACUCCACUAGCCGAGAGUACAGCCCCAGCACUUACUCUGCUCUCCUCCUUCAAGACUACUCAAGACAACUCUCAGAAAUGUACGAUUUGGGAGCAAGGAAGAUGGUGAUCGUGGGAGUGGGGCAGAUAGGGUGCAUACCGUAUGAACUCGCUCGAAAUAACAAUAAUCGUAGCAACAAGAAAGAUCCAUGCAACGAGGAGAUCAACAAGGCGGUAUCGAUCUUUAACACGGGCCUGCUCAGAAUGGUUAAUCGCUUCAACGCCCAGCUGCCGAACGCCAAAUUCAUUUAUCUCAACACUUUCGAGAGCUCCAAGGACGUUGCCUCGAAUGCAACGGCUUAUGGGUUCAAUGUGGUGGACAAGGGCUGUUGCGGAGUGGGAAGGAACAACGGGCAGAUAACUUGCUUGCCGUUUCAGACGCCGUGCGAGGACCGGUCGAGGUAUUUGUUCUGGGACGCGUUCCAUCCGACGGAGGUGGCAAAUGUUAUCUACGCCAGGAAAGCGUACGAUUCCUCUUCUACGUCGGAAGUGUACCCCAUGAACAUAAGGAGGCUUGCAAUGGCUUGAGGAAUCAGGGGAGAAUUGCACGCGUUACUGGUUAAUUUUGGGAGUUUGAAUGACAGAAAUAAAUAAAGCUAGUUAUGUAAUUCUAGAUCGAAUCUCAUGUCUUUAGUAAUGUUUACCUUCAAAGCCUUUCUACUGGACAAUCUCUGGGGCGGG